AUGCUGCAGACCAUUUAUGAGAGUGAAUCGUGUUUUUCCUCAGAUGGGGUUUCUGGACGUGAACAGCUCUUGGCUCAGCAACGAAUGCACAGUAUGAUCAGCUCAGUGGAUGUGAAGUCGGAGGUUCCCGUGGGAUUGGAGCCUAUCUCGCCGUUAGACUUGCGAACUGAUCUCAGGAUGAUGGUUCCCAUGGUGGACCCGAUUAUGCGUGAAAAGCAGCUACAGCAGGAACUACUUCUGAUCCAGCAGCAGCAGCAAAUUCAGAAACAACUGCUGAUUGCAGAAUUUCAGAAGCAGCAUGAAAACCUGACCCGCCAGCAUCAGGCCCAGCUGCAGGAGCACAUAAAGUUACAACAGGAACUCCUAGCCAUUAAACAACAGCAAGAACUCCUUGAAAAAGAGCAGAAACUGGAGCAGCAGAGACAAGAGCAGGAACUGGAGAGGCAUCGCAGGGAACAACAGCUUCCUCCCCUCCGAGGCAAAGAAAGAGGCCGAGAAAGGGCAGUGGCCAGUACAGAAGUGAAGCAGAAACUUCAAGAGUUCCUGUUGAGUAAAUCGGCAACAAAAGACUCUCCAGCAAACGGGAAGAAUCAUUCCAUGAACCGCCACCCCAAGCUCUGGUACACGGCUGCCCACCAUACCUCACUGGAUCAAAGCUCUCCACCCCUGAGCGGGGCCUCGCCACCCUACAAAUACACUUUACCAGGAGCGCAGGAUGCCAAGGAUGAUUUUCCACUUCGUAAAACGGCUUCAGAGCCCAAUUUGAAGGUACGUUCAAGGUUAAAACAAAAGGUGACAGAGAGGAGAAGCAGUCCUUUGCUCAGAAGGAAGGAUGGAAGUGUCAGUUCAUUCAAGAAGCGACUCUUUGAGGUGACAGAAUCCUCAGUCAGUAGCAGCUCCCCUGGAUCAGGUCCCAGUUCCCCAAGCAAUGGUCUGACGAGCAGUAUAACAGAAAAUGAAACCUCAGUUUUGCCAUCUAAUAUUCAAGCCGAGCAUCUGGUUCCACAGCAGCGCCUUUUGAUACAGGAGGAAUCAGUGAACUUGCUGAGUCUGUACACAUCCCCUUCUCUCCCCAACAUUACUUUGGGACUUCCAGCAGUACAGCCUCAAAUCAGUGCUUCGUCGUCAUUCAAAGAAAAGCAGAAGGGGGAGACCCAGUCGCUCAGACAAGGACUGGCCUUGGCUGGACAGUAUGGGGGGAACAUUCCUCCGUCCUCAGCUCAUCCCCACGUUGCUUUGGAGGGGAAGCCAAACAGCAGCCACCAAGCCCUCUUGCAGCAUCUGUUACUGAAAGAACAAAUGAGACAGCAAAAACUUCUUGUGACUGGAGCGGUUCCUCUUCAUCCGCAGUCUCCUUUAGCAGCAAAGGAGAGAGUCUCACCUGGCAUGAGAGCUGCCCACAAACUGCCUCGUCACAGGCCACUGAACAGAACCCAGUCAGCUCCUCUUCCUCAGAGUACUUUGGCCCAGCUGGUCAUCCAGCAGCAGCAUCAGCAAUUUUUGGAGAAGCAGAAGCAGUACCAGCAGCAGAUCCACAUGAAUAAGAUGCUCUCUAAGUCCAUUGAGCAGCUCAAGCAGCCCGACAGUCACCUGGAGGAAGCUGAAGAAGAGCUUCAGGGCGAUCACUCGAUGCAGGAAGAGCGAGCCCCAUCCAGCAGUGCCAGCGUUCGGGCCGAGAGCAGCGGCGGCGCCGGUGCGGAUGACAGAAUAGGACAGCAGGUGGGGGCUGUGAAAGUCAAAGAGGAGCCACCGGACAGUGAUGAGGAUGUUCAAACCCAGCAAAUGGAAUCUGGGGAGCAAGCUGCUUUUAUGCAACAGGUAAUAGGCAAAGAUUUAGCUCCAGGAUUUGUAAUUAAGGUUAUUAUCUGAGCAUCACAUGCAUUUUCUAGGCUUUGGUAAGCAAUUAUGUUUUGAUUCAGUGAUCUAGCAAAUCCUGAUUUACCAUUCAAAGAAGCUGUCAAAGGCAGAAGCAUUGUAUGCACACUUGAAAACAUAGCAAAGCUCAUCCUUGUGGCCACUAACUGCGAAAAUACCUGUUGUAGGUGACUAUUGUACAUAAAUCUUUGCGUAAUAGCUGAUAGACUUUAUAUUAGCUCAGGAUUACAUUACAUCGCUUAGUUCUAGUCAAAGAGAACUCGUAUCACCUAGCUUGUUGAGAUCAGCCAUUGCUGGAAUUAGUUUCCAGACCUGAUUGAUGAAACAUUCUUCUCUGAUUUUGAAUCCUCUGACUUACGCUUUCAGCUGUCUGUAUAUACUGUAUCAUACUGUAGUCUUGAACACUGUUAACAUUAGGGUAUUUUUUUUUCCCCUGUAGACAGGUACUGACUGCUCUAUCAGCAGUCCCAGGCUGGUGUAUAAAGUAUGAUUUA